CGGUACCGGAAGUUGUGACUGGAGCACGGGUGGAUGGCGGCGGUAGCGAUGACGGCGGCGGCGGGCUGCGGAGGGGCUGGGGCAGCACGCUCCCUCUCCCGCUUCCGAGGCUGCCUGGCUGGCGCGCUGCUCGGGGACUGCGUGGGCGCCAUCUACGAGGCGCACGACACCGUCAGCCUGACGUCAGUCCUGCGUCACGUGCAGAGCUUGGAGCCGGACCCGGACACGCCGGGCAGCGCGCGGACAGAAGCAUUAUACUAUACAGAUGACACAGCCAUGGCCAGGGCCCUGGUGCAGUCCCUGCUGGCUAAGGAGGCCUUUGACGAGGUGGACAUGGCUCACAGGUUUGCUCAGGAGUACAAGAAAGACCCCGACAGAGGUUAUGGUGCUGGAGUAAUCACUGUCUUCAAGAAACUUCUGAACCCAAAGUGCCGUGAUGUCUAUGAGCCCGCCCGGGCCCAGUUUAAUGGGAAAGGCUCCUAUGGCAACGGGGGUGCCAUGCGGGUGGCUGGCAUCUCCCUGGCCUAUAGCAGUGUCCAGGAUGUGCAGAAGUUUGCCCGGCUCUCAGCCCAGCUGACACAUGCAUCUUCCCUGGGCUACAACGGUGCCAUCCUGCAGGCCCUGGCUGUGCACCUGGCUUUGCAGGGACAGUUAUCCAGUGGACACUUCCUGGAGCAGCUCCUAGGUCGCAUGGAAGAGUUGGAGAGUGAUGCCCAGUCCCUCUCAGAUGCCAGAGAGCUGGGCAUGGAGGAGCGUCCGUACUGCAGUCGACUGAAGAAGAUCGGAGAGCUGCUUGAGCAGCACUCGGUGACCAGGGAGGAAGUGGUGGCUGAGCUCGGAAAUGGCAUCGCUGCCUUUGAAUCUGUGCCCACUGCCAUCUACUGCUUCCUGCACUGCAUGGAACCUGACCCCGAGAUCCCCUCCACCUUCAAUAGCCUCCAAAGGACGCUCAUCUAUUCCAUCUCACUUGGUGGAGACACAGACACCAUUGCCACCAUGGCUGGGGCCAUUGCUGGUGCCUAUUACGGGAUGGAGCAGGUGUCUGAGAGCUGGCAGCAGAGCUGUGAGGGCUAUGAGGAGACAGACAUUCUGGCCCAGAGUCUGUACCGGCUCUUCCAGAAGAGUGUGUGAGGGUCACAGCUGCUGAGCUCUGCUGUGGCCAGUGGGACCAGUGACACCUCAGAAUGGACC